AUUUAGUCUCUCGCAUCCAACUCCGAACCGACUCAGCUUUCUCCGCUCGUCUCUUCUCUCUCUCCCUCCCUCUGCAAUGGAGGAAUCCGCCCAAUUCGAAACCCUAGCCUCCUAUCCCCAACCUCUCGAUCUUCCCUCCAAUCCAUCACCCCAAACCCUAGAUCCCCACAACCCCCCUCCGCCUCCCCCUCCUCCGGAAAUGCUACAUCCUAACCCCCCGCCGGAGCAACCCGACGGCCAGACCGCCGCCGCCGAGAGGCUGCUGGUCUCCGAGAACGGAAAGUCCGCCGUGACCCACAGCGGCACCGACAAGGAGGUGUCGGCUGGGGAGGAGGAGACCAGCCGCCGCCGCCGCCGCCGCAGCCGCUGGGAGACCCCGGCAGAGUCCGGCGACAGCGCCGGCGAUGGGUCUAGCUGUGGUCAGAAGCGGAAGUCCCGGUGGGCCAACGAGGAGCCGAAUCCGGUCGUCCAGCUCCCGGAUUUCAUGAAGGACUUCGCCGCCGACCUCGACCCUGAGGUCCAGGCACUCAACCUUAGGCUCCUUGAGAUCAGCCGCCUCCUCCAGUCCGGCAUGCCCCUCGAUGACCGACCGGAGGGCGCCCGAUCCCCCUCCCCCGAGCCGAUUUACGACAACAUGGGCAUCAGGAUCAACACCAGGGAGUAUCGGGCACGCGAGCGGCUCACCAAGGAGCGGCAGGGGAUCAUCUCCCAGCUCAUCCAGAGGAACCCGGCGUUCAAGCCCCCGGCCGACUACCGCCCCCCCAAGCUCCAGAAGAAGCUCUACAUCCCCAUGAAAGAGUACCCGGGAUACAAUUUUAUCGGCCUCAUCAUCGGGCCGAGGGGCAACACCCAGAAGAGGAUGGAGAAGGAGACCGGUGCCAAGAUCGUGAUCCGGGGCAAAGGGUCGGUCAAAGAAGGGAGAUUGCAGCAGAAGAGGGACUUGAAGCCGGACCUCUCGGAAAACGAGGACUUGCACGUGUUGGUCGAGGCUGAGACUCAGGAGGCUUUGGAUGCUGCUGCUGCCAUGGUGGAGAAGCUCUUGACGCCUGUCGAUGAAGUAUUGAAUGAACACAAGAGGCAGCAGCUGAGAGAGCUCGCCGCGCUUAAUGGAACCAUCAGGGAUGACGAGUUCUGUAGGCUGUGUGGCGAGCCCGGGCACCGGCAGUAUGCCUGCCCUGCCCGAACGACCACCUUUAAGAUCGAUGUGCAGUGCAAGAUUUGUGGUGAUGGAGGGCACCCCACGAUAGAUUGCCCAAUGAAAGGAUCAGGGAAGAAGAUGGAUGAUGAGUACCAGAACUUCUUGGCCGAGCUUGGCGGGACUGCGCCAGAUUCUGUAACUAAGCAGAGCUCGGUGUUGGCUAUCGGUUCGGGCUCUUCGGGGAGCAAUCCACCUUGGGCUAGUGGUAGUGGGGCUGGGGGCACGGCAGGCACUGGAGCAGCCAAUGGGAUCAAGAAGGAAUACGAUGAGACAAACUUAUAUAUAGGAUAUCUGCCGCCUACUCUCGAUGAUGACGGACUGAUUAGAUUGUUCUCCUCUUUCGGGAAUAUUGUGAUGGCUAAGGUUAUCAAGGAUAGGACCACUGGGUUGAGCAAAGGUUAUGGCUUUGUGAAGUAUGAAGAUGUUUCUAUGGCUAAUGCCGCAAUAGCUGCUAUGAAUGGGUAUCAUCUAGAAGGCAGAGUUAUAGCUGUAAGAGUAGCAGGGAAACCUCCUCAGCCUGCUAUGCCUCCUGCUCCUCCGGUUCCUGUUACACCUACAUAUCCUUCUCAACAGUAUAUGGCUGGUGCGCCUGUCGCGAACCCUCCACCACCACCUGGUAGUUAUGCACCAGUUCCAUGGGGUCCUCCAGUCCCCCCUCCAUAUGCUUCAUAUUCUCCGCAGCCACCAGGUUCGAGCAUGUACACCCCCGUUCAAGGCCAGUCUGUGCCACCUUAUGGCAUGCAAUACCCUCCUCCGGCACAAACUGCUCCUCCAGGCACUGCACCUCAAACUGCUCCUCCUGGCACUCCAUCUCAAACUGCUCCUCUGGGCACUGCACCUCAAUCUGCAUCUUCAAGUGAUUCAAUGCAGAAUUACCCUCCCGGGGUGCAAUCACAAAGCACUACCACACCUGUCCAGGCUGUGCCAAACAAUGUUUACAGCAGUACCGUUGCUCCGAACUUUCCUCCAAUGUAUCCACCUCCUCCUCCUUAUGGAUAUACACCUUAUUACUCUGCAGUUACACCAGUGCCGCCUCUGGCUGUUGAUCCCACUCAAACCAUUGCAAAUGCACCAUGGGCCUCCAAUCCACCGCCGCCUCAGCCCGCUUCAACUGCAGAACAGUCGGCAUCUUAUGGUGCUGACACGGACUAUGAGAAAUUCAUGUCAGAGAUGAAGUGAUGUUGAUCAGCAAGCAUUUUGCUUCUGCACAGAAAGGCUUGAGGUUUCUUGGAGAUAUUGUCAACCUGAUUUAUUUCCUCUUGCUCACCUAGUUGGAAGUUUGGGACUCACAUCUUUAACCUUGCUGUGCUCUUAUGACCAUUGCAGAAACUGCUGGGCUGAAAGACCUGAUCAUUUUCACAGUGGCAAAUUUAUGUACUUGAUACAUCUGUUGCUUGAUAGUUACAAUUUUUCUGUGGUUUUGGAUUUCUUUCUCAGGCAGAGGGGUUUUCUGCAACCUGCACACCAAGAUACUGUUCUUUUCCCUGUCCGCUUUCGUCUGGAACUUCUUUAGGGGUUGUUUACUGGUUACUUCAUGAUGGUUCUUAUUUGAGACAUGUUAUAUGACUUAUUGUUCUUUGGCUGAUUAUCUAGUUCACUAACUGCUUAAUAUUUUAUUGUCAUUUGUGCAAUUAUCUUCUUGCUGUUCUACACAUUUUUGAAUGCGUGGAUCUGGCUGAAAUUUCUGGCUGUCACACUUCAGAGGAAGCCUUCUGGCUAUACAGUUUGCAGAGUGGGUAAAUGUUCAAUUUACUCCGCAACUCACAUAUUGAUGCUUUUCAUUUUUGCUUUAUUAACAUAGACUGCUUAGAGAUGUUUCCCAGUUUAUAGGUGAGAGCUGGGAGGACAUGCUGCGAAAAUUGAUAAUCACUAGUUCAUCAGGUACUGCCUGGAAUUCAGAUGGAAAUGGGGCAUAUUUUAAAAAAAAAUUGCAUAUAUGUUUUUUUCCCUUUGUUCAUUUUGAUAUUCUAACGAAGUUCUGCAGCAUCGGUGAUGUCUGUCAAGCCAUAUGGUUACAUUGUGUUUUAAAUGUAUUAUGAGUUGAUGUUGUUAUCCAUUGAUGUUGCUUUGUCCUUUUGAGCAUAAGCCGCAGGAUGAUGGAUCCUUUCUUUGGUCACUGCAUUACUGGUGCCACUUCAUCAGCAUGCCAGUUCUUCUAUCCUUUGACAAUAUUUUAUUCUCACAACCUAUGGCUCUGCUGGCUUCUUUUCUGAAAAAAUCUUAUUUAUCAUAUUAUGCACUCUUAACUUGUUAGUGACAUGAUUGCUGCAAGUGCAAUAUGACUUGAUGCAAAAUGGAGAAUGUAGAUAACUGAAUUGCUCUAGCUUGGUCAUGAUACAUGGUGGGGCUACUGGUAAGGUGCAGAUAUUACCAUCUUCCGGAGGUCAAAGAAAUUCACCACGGGUAUGUGUUAAAGAGAGACUUAAAGCUAGGUAGGCAGGAAAAACUUAUAUGCAGUUGGGCAAAAGCAGCCCAUUGCCUUGGUAUUAUGUUAUUUGGGUUUCUUCGAAUCUUAGAUAAGUCAAGCUGUUUAGGCAGAUUUUGAAGUCUUAUAUUUUCUUGCAGUUCAGCAGGGAGGGCAAAUUCCUUCGGAGCAGCAAUCUCAAACUUUAAUCUUUUAUCAUGUGUGCUCUUCUCAAUGUAGAACAUAUAAAAUUGGAAAUGUUAAUUCUCAUAAUCUGUAGGGAAGUAUGAAAACAUCCCUAUAAUAAGAAAAACUAGGAAUUCUCAAGUCAUAUAAUUGUUGAGAUUCAAUUUGAAGUAUAAACAUUCGACCUUUUGUUUUGUAAAGAUUAUCUUUAAUUUAUUUUGCUUUGUUUUUA